CACUAGUCAAACAAUCAACAAUAAUCGCGCGUGGAUUCGUUCGUUUUUAUUGUUAAAACAAUAAGAAAUUCUUUAUUAUUUUCCAUUAAAAAGUGAUAUUUAAAGCAAUAUUUUCGCUAUAUAUAAAUGUUUGUGUUUAUAUAUAGCGGAAACAAAUCAUAUAUUUGUUUUUAUAAUAACGAUGAAAGACAAAUGAAAACAAAAUACAAAACAUAGUACAAAUACAAAACGAGAAAAAAAUGCCUGCUUGGUUGUGAGCUGUGCGUGUGUGUAUGUGCGUGCGUUUCUUCUUCUUUAUGACUUUUAUUCUUCUUUUUUUAUUGUUAUGUUGAAAAGACGAAGUGCAAUAAAAGAAAAAACUAUAUAAAUGAACUCUCAAUGAAAAAAGAAAAUCCUUUCGUCGUCGUACUUUCACCUUAACAACAAAAAUAACAGUCACAGCCGAAUCGUCAACAUCAUCAUCAUCGUCAUCUCGUCAUCAGCUGUGUGGGGACGUAUAGCGCGUAAAUACGUCUCUCUGUCUGUCUGUGAGUGUGUGUGCGUGUGUCACAGUCUGUUUGAUACAGCAGCAAGUGUUUUUUUUAAAUGAUGAAUUUCUCCGCGUUCGGUGGUCCGUUUUCGGGUAUACAUCAGUUUGCCGCUAAAUUUGGCCAUGAUACACAGACGCCACCGGGCGCCUUUACAACGCCCGGCAUAAAUGGCAAUAUUGGUGGCGGCGCCACCUCCGUCAACGACAAUCAUGUGCAACGCUAUCAAACAAAUGGCAAUCAUUUUCAACAGAAUGUGCCGAACGAUCAUAUGGCGUCAACAAUUUUGGAUAUUUCGGAAAGGACUAGGAACAUUGUUAAUGGAUUUUCGGCAGCCAACAAUACCAUGCAGUAUGGCCAGAAUAUAUCCAUACCCUAUUCUCAGCCUCAAACCGAUUUGAAUUUUCUAAAUGCAGCUGCCUCCGUGGAUCACAAGGGGAAGAUACAUCCAAAAAUUGAAAGGGAUCGUGAAGAGGUUCUCAAUCAACAAAUCUUACAAAAUGUCAAUCAAUCAUGGCAAACCUUGGCCAAUACCGCCAACACGGUCGACUACUCAUCACAUUUGCUAUCCGCUACACUGCCAAUUUCGAUACAACACUUCCUCAAAUAUUCGGAAACAAUAAAAAAGGAAUCCUCAGGUAUUGUCGGCUCACAAAUUAACUCAGGGAAUUUAAAUUUGAGCAAUUUGGAUGCAACGUCAGGAUUCAACAUCAAGAAUGAUGUUCUCAAGAAUGGGACAAAUUUGGCCAGUUUGGCUUUGGGUGGUGUGGCACUGACGCCCAGUAACUCGGCGGUGAAUGGCAAUCAUCAUGCCCACAAUGGUAACAAUGGCACCACAUCACUUGUCAACAUGGAUCAUGGUGGUGGUGGCGGUGGAGGAGGUACCGCAGGUGGUGGUGGCCAUAUACAAAAUUUAAAUGAUGUUCAAAACGGGCAAAUUGUCAACAAUUCAAUGGCCACAAAUGGCGUAGUGAAUGGCACAGCCAAUGGUGUGGCCGCCAAUGGUACAACUGUGGUCACAAGUACCGCUGCGGCCGGUACGAAUGGUACAACAACCACAAACGCAGAUGGUACCACAACCACAACAGCGGCCCCCACCACCACAACCAAGGCCAAGAAGGGUAAAAAGAAGAAGCCACCGAAGGAGAAGAAACCCCGACCAAAACCCGGUGAGAUACGUGAAACCAAAGCCCUGGAUGGUUCAACUCUAUACUGUUGUCCCGAAUGUCAAAUGGCCUAUCCGGAUCGCAGUCUAAUCGAACAGCACGUUAUAUCACAUGCCGUUGAACGGCGUUUCGUUUGUGAUAUCUGUAAUGCAGCUCUGAAGCGUAAGGAUCAUUUGACUCGUCACAAGCUGUCGCAUAUACCGGAUCGGCCACAUGUGUGCAAUAUCUGUAUGAAGUCCUUUAAGCGCAAGGAGCAAUUAACCCUUCACAUUGUCAUACAUUCGGGCGAAAAGAAACAUGUCUGCAUUGAGUGUGGCAAAGGUUUCUAUCGCAAAGAUCAUUUACGCAAGCAUACACGCUCACACAUUGCUCGUCGUGUUAAAUCGGAAGUGUCGGCGCAAAAUGUCAGCACCACAGGCAGCAAUGGCAAUAACAGCAGCAAUGGCAACAACAGCAGUAACCAGAAUAGUACAUUACACGGUUCCUGAGGUUCGUACAAGGACUUUUGGUAAACUGUUAUAAAAUUUCUAAACUGAAAAAAAUGUAUAACUCUUUUCUUAAUAUCGAGGUGAUAAUUUAAGGAUAAGCAAAUAUUAAAAAAAAACAAA